ACAAAUAUGAAGAUAUUCUGAUGAUGGAGGAACAUCUGAGCUCACGGCUCCAUGAUGAGACGGUUCCUGUGCUGUUAUACAGACAGUGGCUGCACUGCAGUCUGCCUGUGUGGCUUCACCUUUUCACCUCUCAGCCUCAACUUUAAGUAAGGACUCUAACCCGACUGUUUGGUUCCAGGAUGAGCUAUGCAGAAUGUUCUCCCAGCACGUGUCCGUGUGGAGACCAGUGUGAUAACCAGCACAUUCAGAGACACGAGUGGGUCCAGUGUCUGGAGCGGUUCCGGGCCGAGGGGAAGGGCUGGGGCAUCCGCACCAAGCAGCCGCUCCGCGCGGGGCAGUUCAUCAUCGAAUACCUGGGAGAGGUGGUUAGCGAGCAGGAGUUCAGGAGCCGCAUGAUGGAGCAGUACUUCUCCCACAGCGGCCACUACUGUCUGAACCUGGACAGCGGCAUGGUGAUCGACAGCUACCGGAUGGGCAACGAGGCGCGCUUCAUCAACCACAGCUGUGAGCCCAACUGUGAGAUGCAGAAAUGGUGGGUGUCUGAGGGGCCGUAAACGCUCAGCCUGCUGAACCAGUUUCUAAUGUUUGCUGAGCGUUCAACUGUUAUUUUAAACCGGAGAAAUGCCUUCAUCCAUCAGCUUUAUGGAGGUUUGUUUGUCUGACAAACUGUGACUUUUUAAUGUUUCUUUGGUGCAAAAAACAAAUGAAUUACAUUUAAUGUUAGAUAUUAUGUUCA